UUCAAAGUUUGAGUUCAUCUCCCGCUCUCCGCUGCCAUGUUACCAUAGCAAUGGACAGGAGCGAGUUGGAGAAGAUACUCGCCUUUUUUCAGGCGUGUGCACGUGGAUACUUAGUGAGACGUGAAGUCCGUCGUGCUCAAGAGGACUUUGAAGACAUCGUGGAAGAGAUUGAUGGAGGUUUGGUUCAUUUAGAGUGGAGGGAGUCUCCAGUCAUCCCCUCCCCUCACUUUACAGACACUGACGGGCCGUUUCUACGACUCUGCGAGGCUGCAAGUAGACCCUCAAAUCCAGGACCAAACACCUGUGACAGUCUACAGAGACUAUCAUCAUCAUCAUCAUCACCCUUAUCAGAGGAUGGAGAUCAUCAUGUCCUGCUGGAGAAGAUAGAAGCUGAGAGAGAUGGUUCUCAAACCAAAGGCCAUGCCUCCAUUACUAAGGACUCUAUCCCCAGCAGCACAGUCAGGGGGAACGAGGAGGGUCAGAGACAGACCAUAGACAGGGAUAAAGAUGGAGGAGUGAUGGAGAACACAGGAGACUCAACCACUGUCUGGAGCAGUUUGGAGCUGGACACAAACUAUGGUGACUCUCAGAAAGACUUCGGCCGUCAUCUUGAGUUAACCGUCCCUCCUUCAGGUCCCCAGCAGUAUGGCUCUGUGCAGGAGGUGUCCAGUACCCCUGAGGCUCUGCGUCUCCAUAGGAACAACCUGACCAUGGAGCUGCUGUGGCUCCAACAGGCCAUUGGCAGCAGGAAAAAGUACUUGUCGCUGAAGAGCCAGUUGAGCAUAUCAUGACAGCUGAAGUAAUCUGAACUGAAGGCCUAAGCUCACUCAAGUGUCAUCUGUCCGUCUACGCUGUUGUUUUCUACACAGUGAAUACAUUCCUUUAGAUGUAUCUAUCAUGCUUUUGAUGAAAUUUGUACAUUUUGUAUGUUUUUUGCUCCUAUAAUAAAUAAAUAAAUUAUUUUUCUAAAGAUU